AAGUGCAAACUUUGACAGCUUGCUUGGUGUGUGUGAAAAAAGUUGCUCAGCAUAUUUCUCUCAUUUUCUGCCCUAAUUUCAUUGCGGAACUUCCGCUCUGCAUCUGGAAAUUGUGAAAUAGGUGUCUGCUGAUAGAAAUUCAAGGAAAAAUGUCAGACUCCGAGGCAAGUAAUAUGUCAGACAGUGGUUCCGACGUGGAUAGUGCAGCUUCCAAUCGUUCCCGGCAAUCCAAUCGUUCGCGUUCUGCAUCUCGCUCCAUUUCACGUUCCAAGAGUCGCUCGAGAUCGCGUUCUGUGUCCCGAUCUGUCUCACGCUCGCGCUCCCGAUCGGCUUCAGCAUCGGAUGGGGAUGUGCGGCACAAGAAGAAGAAACGCAGGCAUCGACAUGAUGAGGAAGAUGUGGAGGAAGAGCAGGAACCCGAGGGGGAGGAUCUCGAUUCGGAGUACGAUGACGAAGAGGAUGAAGAUGAUGGAAAUAGGCAGAGGAAGAAGAAGAAGAAGGAGCGUUUUGGGGGAUUUAUCAUUGAUGAAGCCGAAGUGGACGAUGAGGUGGAUGAGGAUGACGAAUGGGAGGAUGGAGCUCAUGAGAUUGGGAUUGUGGGUAAUGAAAUUGACGAAGUGGGGCUCACGGCACGAGAUAUUGAGAUCAGGCGUCGCGGGACAAAUUUGUGGGAUUCACAGAAGGAGGAUGAGAUUGAGGAGUACUUGAGGAAGAAGUACGCUGAUGAGCCUGCAAUGAGGAAGCACUUUGGUGAUGGUGGAGAAGAGAUGUCCGAUGAGAUUACGCAGCAAACUCUCCUUCCGGGCAUUAAAGAUCCCAAUUUGUGGAUGGUAAAGUGCCGAAUUGGCGAGGAGAAGGCCACUGUGUUGCUGCUGAUGCGAAAGUAUCUCACGUAUCAGAAUACCGAUGAUCCCAUUCAGAUAAAAUCAGUCGUAGCGCCGGAAGGGGUAAAGGGAUACAUCUACAUUGAAGCCUUCAAACAGACUCACGUGAAGGCGGCCAUUUCAAAUGUAGGCAACCUCCGGAUGGGGCAGUGGAAGCAGGAGAUGGUGCCCAUUAAGGAGAUGACAGAUGUGCUGAAGGUAGUCAAGGAGCAAGUUGGCCUGAAGCAGAAUCAAUGGGUCCGUCUCAAGCGUGGUCUCUACAAGGAUGACAUCGCCCAGGUGGAUUACUAUGAUUUAGCACAGAAUCAAGUUCAUCUGCGUCUCUUACCGCGCAUUGACUACACCCGUAUGCGUGGGGCUCUCCGGACAACUCAAACUGAGGCGGAUGAUGCAAAGAGAAAGAAGAAACGUCGCCCAAUGGCUAAACCUUUCGAUCCCGAAGCCAUUCGUGCAAUUGGCGGGGAGGUCACAUCCGACGGAGACUUCCUCAUCUUCGAGGGUAACCGCUACACACGCAAGGGCUUCAUGUACAAAAGUUUCAGCAUGUCAGCUGUUCUUGUUGAGGGUGUUAAGCCAACACUUGCAGAAUUGGAGCGCUUUGAGGAGUCUCCCGAGGAGAUUAACAUUGAGCUCGCAGUCUCGGCCAAGAGUGACCCAACAAGUGCCCACAGCUUCUCAAUGGGUGACAAUGUGGAAGUUUGCGUUGGAGAUUUGGAGAAUCUUCAGGCGAAGAUCAUUGCAAUGGACGGGGACAUGAUCACGGUAAUGCCGAAGCAUGAAGAUCUCAAGGAUCCCCUCAUUUUCCGCGCCAAUGAGCUGCGGAAGUACUUCAAGACCGGAGAUCAUGCUAAAGUUCUCGCUGGACGCUAUGAGGGUGAAACUGGGCUCAUUGUACGCGUGGAACCAUCACGCGUUGUCCUCGUUUCGGAUCUCACAAUGCACGAACUUGAGGUUUUACCGCGAGAUUUACAGCUCUGCAGCGAUAUGGCAACUGGAGUGGAUUCCCUGGGGCAAUUCCAAUGGGGAGAUCUUGUUCAACUUGAUGCUCAAACAGUGGGGGUAAUUGUUCGUUUAGAGCGUGAGAACUUCCACGUGCUGGGGAUGCAUGGAAAGGUGAUUGAGGCAAAGCCACAGGCACUGCAGAAGCGUCGUGAGAAUCGCAAUACAAUGGCUCUGGAUUCGGAACAGCAGCAUAUUCGUCGUAGGGACAUUGUCAAAGUGAUGGAGGGUCCACAUGCGGGACGCGAUGGGGAGAUAAAGCAUCUCUACAGGAAUCUGGCGUUCCUCCAUUCGCGCAUGUACACGGAGAAUGGGGGGAUAUUUGUGUGCAAGACGCGUCAUCUGCAGCUUGCUGGGGGGAAUAAGAAUCACACGAAUGGUUUGGGGCACAUGGGCAUGAUGGGCUUCAUGUCGCCGCGCAUUCAGUCCCCAAUGCAUCCCUCAGGGGGUCGUGGUGGUGGCCGUGGGGGUGGAAGAGGUGGUCGUGGUGGGGGAAGAGUGUCGCGUGAUAGAGAAAUUCUGGGGAAGAGUAUCAAGAUCACAGGAGGACCGUACAAAGGAUCCGUUGGGAUUAUCAAGGAUGCCACCGAGUACACAGCUCGUGUGGAAUUGCAUUCAUCGUGUCAGACAAUCUCAGUUGAUCGCAAUCACAUUGCCGUCGUGGGGGCUCCAGCAGCAGCAUCGCCAUCUUUCACUCGUACUCCAGCACGUACACCCGGCUAUGGGUCCCAAACACCCAUCUACAGCGGCUCCAAGACACCCCUUCAUGGCUCCCAGACGCCACAGUACGAUAUUGGAAGUCGUACACCGUAUGGAUCGCAAACACCAUCCCACGAUGGCAGUGCAACACCCAAGCACGGAGCCUGGGAUCCAACAGUUACUAACACACCAGCUCGUAGCAAUGACUUUGAUUACAGCAUUGAGGAGGCGAGUCCAAGUCCUGGAUACAAUCCCAGCACUCCUGGCUUCCAGAUGAACACUCCUUUUGCCCCACACACCCCGGGGAAUAUGUACGGAUCGGACAACAGCUACAGUCCCUACCAGCCGAGUUCAAGCCCAAGUCCCAGUGCCUAUCAGGUGGGCUACAUGGCAACUCCUUCGCCAUCUGCUUACUCUCCCGUCACACCGGGUGGAGCUCCGCAGUCGCCAUACAAUCCCCAAACUCCCGGAGCAAGUUUGGAUUCCCAUCUUGGCGAUUGGUGCAGCACGGACAUUGAGGUGAAGAUCCGCACGCACGACGAUGAUCUCCUCGUUGGGCAGACGGGAAUUGUGCGAACAGUCAACAAUGGGGUGUGCUCAGUCUUCUUGCCCGAAGAGGAUAGGAAUGUGAGUGUGAUGAGUGGGCAUUUGGAACCGGUGCCACCCAACAAGGAAGAUCAAUUCAAAGUCAUUCACGGAGAGAAUCGGGAUGCAACCGGCAAGUUGAUUGAGUUGGGAGGAACAGACAGCUUGGUCUUGCUAGAUGGGAAGAAUAAGCCCAUUUACAUGCAGAAUAAUCAUCUCUGCAAAAUAUCAAAGUAAAGAGAGAGAGGAUAUGAGGAGAAGAAAUAGGAUGGAUAAGGUUUUCUUUUAGCACUUUCAGCCAUUUCAAUGUAAUAAUCCAAUGCUACGUAAUGAAAUAAAAAUGUUCAGGAAUUAUA